AUUCAGGAAGCCACAUCGUCUAGGCUGCGCCGAGCUGAUUCCGUAAGGCGUGAGAUCCCGGAUUGUGCGACACGGUCUCCCGCGCAAGCCAUUUCCCGUCUGACAGUCAGCCACGACCCACCCCCGGUUCUUGGUGUCGCAAUUUGUCGGGUUCUCGACCAGUGGUAUAUCCAAAUGAACGAGACUUCGGCCGCGAGGCAAAAAAAGAAACCCGGCUUGUCUCGGUUUUUCGAGUCUGAGUAAAGACCGGCUGAUUAUGCCAAGGCGUUUCGUAUAUAUAUAUGACCUUCUUCCUAUCCCAGAGUCUGGGAAGGGUGGCGUUGUGUCUUUGUUUUUCUCUACUCCAUUGAUUUGAAAGAAAGUUGACAACAUGGUGGUUACUUCCACCUCAAUUGACUCGCUGCCCAACGAGAUCCUGAUCUCAAUCCUUUCCUAUUUUCCAGCACUCCAACUUCUACCCCUCACCACCACCUCCCACCGCAUCCACGACCUCAUCCUCCUCAUUCUCCAUUACCGCAUAUUCGAAACUGGGGCAUUGAAAGGUCAUCAACUACUCCUAGAAGCCUUUCACACAUCGAAUAGAGGCGAGGGAUAUUCCAUUUGCGAGAGUCUUUCCACGAAACCACUUAACUCAAGCCCCGAACAACUCUCAUCCUCCCUCUCUGACCUGGCAGAUCUCUACACCUCCUUCCGCCCCCUAAAGCACUCUUCAGAUCGGUCAGUAUUCCGAACCGGCCUCGCAGACGGCGCAGGCUGGGUUGUUCCAAUCCCAGCUGCGCCCCAGCCCUCGCCCUCAAACGACCCCGAAGACAACAAGGGGAAAGAAGAUAAGCUCGUAUCCCAAGACAUCCUCCUUGAAUCCCACGAGCUCUUCAGCCAACUCUGCACGCGCGUCAACUUGGUGAAAGGUAGUCCUCGACGCGGACUCUUUCAUUCGUGCGUCAGCGUGGGUGAAGGGAUACUUAGGGUGUGGAGAGAUUGGCUCGCCGAGCAGGCAAAGUGCGAGGGCGGUGGGAAUGGGGAUAUAUUGUGGGCGGAUUCUAAGAAAACCGUGGGGUUGAGGGUGAAGGUUGUGGAGAGGGACGCGGUACCUGUGGGCCCGCCGUUCAGGGCUGGCGAGGAGAGGGACGUUAGCUAUACAUUGUUUUAUGAAGGUGUGUUGCCCCAUCUGUUUUAUUAGGCGGAAGGCGGAAGAAGUCUAACGGGGAAUAGAGUUACUGGUUAGAACAACUAGGUUAUU